GAGUAGGAAAGAGUUGCUUACUAUUACGUUUCACAGAUGAUACUUUUACUACAAGUUUCAUCACCACUAUCGGGAUUGACUUUAAGAUUAGAACAGUUGAACUUGAUGGGAAGCGCAUCAAAUUGCAAAUAUGGGAUACUGCUGGUCAAGAACGUUUCAGAACAAUAACAUCUGCUUAUUACAGAGGGGCCAUGGGGAUAUUGCUGGUAUAUGAUAUAACAGAUGAGUCAUCUUUUGAAAAUAUCAGGAACUGGAUCAGGAACAUAGAGGAGCAUGCUUCCGACAAUGUUAACAGAAUAUUAGUGGGAAAUAAAGCUGACAUAGAUGAGAGCAAAAGGGUUGUCCCAACAUCAAAAGGCCAGGCUUUGGCUAAUGAAUAUGGUAUCAAAUUUUUUGAGACGAGUGCUAAAACAAAUUUAAAUGUGGAGAAGAUCUUCCUUUCCAUCUCAAGAGAGGUAAAGCAUAGACUUUCAGAUCGUGGUCCGAAACCAGAGCCUCAAACUGUUGAGAUCGGCAAACAUGAACAAACAAGAGGUUCAACUGCUUCAGCAACCGUGUCGCAUAUACCAGCAUGCUGCAGCUUAUGAGUUCUCAAAUAGUCAAAUGUGAAAUGUGUUGUUCAUCGUUUGCAAAGGCAAACAAAUGGUUUUCUAUUCAUAUCAUAAUUUUGCCCAAGAUUCUUUUGGAUGAAACCUCUCCAGGACUCAGAUUUGAUGUAGCUUGACAGAUUGCUUAGAUAAAUUUAGAUAGCUUAAAAUUGUGAGUAUAUAUAUAUUAGAUAAGUUUGUUGCAGGAAUUGAUUGGAGCAAUACUUCUUACAGAAUUUUAAUUCAGAAAUUGUGUACAAACUAGUGAUGCAAUA